CCACGCCACCGCCGUCAUCCUCCUCAUUCGCCGAUCCUUCAGCCCACGCCAAGCACUUCAUUUCGGCAUCUCGCACGGAUCCCUCAUUUCGAGGGGCCCAAGCGAAAGCGACAUGAAUGGCUGGCGUCUAUAAAGACUCGUCGAGAUGACGGCCGGAUCGUUCUUCACGACCACCACCAUCCCGUCGUAUCUUUCACUGCGUUCACACUCUCCUCUGGUCUGGCCAUCGGCAAGCAUGUCCACAAUGUGCAUCAGCAAUGCUGACUGCUGGCCCUCACGAGCUGGCAGGCAGUCUUGCGGAAGGAGAACUGCGUCAAGACGCUGCUCAAUCCCUUCAUCGUUGUCGUCACCCCAGCGAAGCUCAGCCUGCAAGCAAGCGAGCUCAACACCAAAGCUAUCCCAACGAUGGUCAUUCAAGAGAACAUACGACGUCAUCACCUCCGAUGACGCCGCACGAGUUGACCGUCACCAUCACUCCAAUCAAGCGCCUUCCACACCCAGCUCUCGACGGGCGAACCGGAGGUGGUGAAGAUGAAGAAGAUUGCUUGAAUCAAGCGAUGUUGAACAAUCCAAACUCAACUGCAGACUUGCGUCUGCCGUUUUCAUGAUCAGGACCAGUAUAGGGCACAUUUCGACAAUGCAUUGCAGAGCCGGUCUGUCCAAGUCUUUGCCUGUUCUCUAUGCGCGUAGCCCUCAACUUCUACCUCGCCCGCGAUGAAAGCGGUGCGUCUCUG